AGAGGUCAGCCGGGCUUGGCAUGGCCGCUGAAGUAGGGAAACGAGAGGAACGUUUGCUGCAGGACUGAAAGAGGGAAAAUUGCCGGGAUUUCAGCGUAUUGAGACCGAAGAGAAAGCGGUGGGGGGAGAGUCUCCAUCAGUUGCUCGGUGUGUUUGUGGCUCAAAGUGGCGGCCGCCUUCACAGCACCAGCCAUGCGGAAUCUGAAGUUGCUGCACAGCCUGCACUGCAGCGGGUGGCAGGGUCUGGGGAAACCUCAGUGUUUGACUGUACGUACAGAAACAGGGACAGUGCUUGUGGGAUCAGACCUAGGAAUCACAGAACUCGACCCUCACACUGAGCAGGUGCUCCGAAAGGUGUCCCUGGUUGAAGAAGCAUUUCUCCCUGAAGAUGGCACCGGCUGUAUAGUUGGUAUUGAGGACCUGCCAGAUCAGGAAUCUGUGUGUGUCGCUAUUGCAGCUGGGGAUGUUCUACUUUAUAAUCUAAACUCAAAUCAGCUGGAAUGUGUUGGCAGUGUUGACAGUGGACUGACUGGAAUGAGCUGGAGCCCAGACCAGGAACUACUUGUGCUCACCACAGGGCAGGAGACUAUCAUAAUGAUGACCAAGGACUUUGAUCCAGUUACUGAAGUUGGAAUCCACCAGGAUGACUUUGGUGAAGGAAAAUUCAUCACUGUCGGUUGGGGUAAGAAGGAGACACAGUUCCAUGGAACAGAGGGUAAAGAAGCAGCUCGUCGUAAGCCAGCAGAAAUUCAGCCAGCAUUUCCUUGGGAUGAUCGGAGGUCACGAGUGACCUGGCGAGAGGAUGGGCAACUGUUUGCAAUCAGUGCCAUUUGCCCUGUGACAGGAUCCAGAAAGCUGAGAAUAUGGAAUAAAGAAUGCGUGCUUCAAUCAACCAGUGAGUCUGUUAAUGGACUUGAACAGGCCCUGUGCUGGAAACCGUCAGGGAACUUGAUUGCAUCCAUACAGCGAAAGCUUAACAAGCACAAUGUUGUGUUCUUCGAACGGAAUGGUUUGCUACAUGGAGAGUUUUCGCUUCCUUUUGACAAAGACCAAGUUAAGGUAAAUGAGAUACUCUGGAACAGUGACUCCACUGUACUGGCAGUUUGGCUCAAGGAUUUGCGAUCAGCAGAUGAAAGGAUCAAAGAUGUCCAACAAAGUACAUAUGUUCAGUUGUGGACAGUGGAAAACUACCACUGGUACCUGAAGCAGACCCUGCAUUUUGGUUGUGAUCAGACAGGACAGAUUGUAUCCCUAAAGUGGGAUCCUGAGAGUCCCUUUCGACUGCACGUGCUCUGCAGUGGGUGGCUUUACCUGUCCUUCAACUGGCAUUGGACCACCGAUCGAAGUACAGGAGAAGACAGCAGUGACUUGGCUAACGUAGCUGUGAUCGAUGGAGAUAAAGUACUAGUGACACCUUUUCGCCAGACAGUGGUACCUCCGCCAAUGUGUGCAUAUCAGCUGCAGUUGCCUUGUGCUGUGAAUCAGGUUAUAUUCUCUUCAGAUCCACAGAGGAGCAAUGACAUUGCAGUCUUGACAGCAGAUAGCCAGAUUUCAGUCUACCAGGCUGGUGAUGGUGGGAAUCAAGAGUCUGCAGCUAAAAUUGGUGCCAUUGGUGGAAGUGGAUCGAAGAUACGCAUCACAACUCCCAAACUGGUGAAAACAUACAGGAUUAAGUUUGAAGAAGGAGUUACUGAAUCCCUGAACCCGUUGAAGUUGCGAAUGAUUACCUGGGUAAAGGAAAAUACAUUUCUAGCUCUGUGUCAAGGUCCCAGGACUUCACAGUCUGUUGUCUGUCAGCUGGUAACUUCAUCAGAAGAGUUUCAGGAGGAAGAGAUUCGGAUCAGGUCUCCUGUAACUGUGGAUGGUCACGUGAUCAACCUGUGUCACAGCCAGAAGACGCAUACUGUUGCCUUAGAGCUUUCCAGUGGGCAGAUUCUAAGAUACCACUGGGGUUUGUGUAUUUCUAAUCAAACACCCACAGGUUCCUCUGAGCCAUGUGUGAAACAGUGGAAGUCGACUACCGGAUGUUUAAUACAAUUUCCUCAGCCUUGUAUAGAGACAGCUCUAUGUACUGUUGAUGGAGAGGAAAUGGUCUUGGGUCUGACAGAAAGAUCUCGAUUUUUCAUUAAUGACUUAGAGAUAGCCUCCAACACCACUUCAUUUGUAGUAUGUGAUGAGUUCCUGCUAUUCACAACCCAUUCACACAUCUGUCGCUGUCUCAAUCUUAGGACUACUUCAUUAAAAGCUUUGUCGCACCUUACAAGUAGCGAUUACCAGCCAAAUGAUGAAACAGUUCGUAGAGUGGAGAGAGGAUCUCGCAUCGUGACUGUUGUACCCCAGGACACUAAACUCCUCCUUCAGAUGCCGCGUGGAAAUCUGGAAGUCGUUCAUCACCGUGCAUUGGUACUGGCCCAGGUGCGAAAAUAUCUGGACAGGCUUAAGUACAAGGAAGCCUUUGAAUGUAUGAGAAAGUUGAGAAUAAAUCUCAAUCUCAUCCAUGAUCACAACCCGAAGGUAUUUUUGGAAAAUUUGGAGAAUUUCGUGAAGCAGGUCGAUUCUAUAAAUUACAUCAAUUUGUUCCUUACUGAAUUGAAAGAGGAAGAUGUCACAAAAACAAUGUACCCACAUCUCCCCAGCUCAUCAACUUCAGCACCUGAGAUUGGGACUAAAGUGAACACAGUCUGUGAUGCACUGCGAACUACUAUGGAGAGAAUCAACCCUCACAAAUACAGUUUGUCAAUCCUGACCUGCCACGUGCGGAAACGUAAUCCAGAACUUGAAACUGCUCUUCAAAAAGUCCAUGAGCUGAGAGCGGAUCCUCCAUCUGAUCCUGAGGCAGUCGGUGCCGAGGAAGCAUUGAAAUACCUCCUCUUCCUGGUGGAUGUUAAUGAACUAUACGACUAUGCAGUGGGCACGUAUGACUUUGAUCUAGUGAUGAUGGUGGCAGAGAAAUCGCAAAAGGACCCUAAGGAAUAUCUACCGUUUUUGAACAGCUUGAAGAAAAUGGAGACCAAUUACCAGCGAUACUCCAUAGAUAAAUAUUUGAAACGAUACAAAAAAGCUCUCAGCCACCUCAGUAAAUGUGGUCCUCAGCAUUUCACUGAGCUUCUUAACUUCAUAAAAGACCAACAGAUGUACAGUGAAGCUUUGAAGUUAUUCCCAGUAAACAGCCAGGAAUACAAGGAUAUCAGUGUCGCAUAUGGCGAGUAUCUCAGCGAAAAGCAGUACUAUGAGCAGGCGGGGCUAAUCUUUGCACGAAGCGGGGAAUGCGAAAAGGCAUUGGGAGCUUUCUUGCUAUGCAACAGCUGGCAGCAGGCUUUCUGUAUGGUUGCUCAGCUCCAUUACACCAAGGACAAAGUGGUUAGCAUGGCACGGUCUGUCGCAGGGAGAUUGAUGGAGCAGCGGAGAUAUUCUGAAGCAGCCUUAGUACUGGAACAGUAUGCUAAGGAUUAUGAGGAAGCCAUUACAUCACUUUUAGAAGGUGCAGCCUGGGAAGAAUCAUUAAGACUGAUUUACAAGUACAACAGAGCCGAUAUCUUGGAAACUAACCUGAAACCUUCCAUAUUGGAAGCUCAUAGCAACCACAUGUCAUUCCUAGACACUCAGAAAACCUUAUUUAUACGUCAUAAAUCUCGGCUGGCCGUUGUUCGUGAAAUUAAAGAGAAAGAACUGGAAGGAUUUUUAGAUGAAGAGGUGGCUGAUGGACCAGACUCAGAUCUCUACUCAGAAGCUAGCAGUUUGCGGUCAGCCAGCGGAAUGGGCUCAAAAUACUCACACAGUAACUCCAGGAUCUCGGCGCGAAGUUCAAAGAACCGUCGAAAGGCGGAGCGGAAGAGACACAGCUUGAAGGAGGGAAGUCUGUUGGAGGACGUGGCACUGUUGGAAGCGUUAAGAGAAAUUAUAUGGACCGUGGACAAAUUGACCGAUGAAGUGCACAGAUUGCUGAAAGUUUUGGUCCUUUUUGGAUAUGAUAUUCUGGCUUCGGAGCUGCAGCAUUCACUGGAGGACGCCCUGCGGGUAGUGGAGAAAUCCAUCCCUGAUAUCUGGCAGACUGAUCUUAAGAAAGCAGCUGCCUGUCCAGUUCUUGGUCCUGACUCGACUGCAAAUAGCAUCACUGCUUCCUUCCAACAACCAAAAAAUGGGGGAAUACCUCAGCAAGAUGAAAUUUUUGUCCCUCCUAAACUCAAUAAGAAUGUGCAGUGGAAGCUAAAUAUUCUGUGAAGAGACUCCAUUGUGCAGCAUUGCUAUCUCUGGAUUGUCCAUUACUGCGCAGCACAGGUUACUCAGUGUCGAGCGAUCCAAAGACAAGGCAGGCUUGUGAAAAGGGAAAGUCACAGGCGAAUGCCCAUCGGAGAAUAUGGUUAACCUUCCACCAGCUGCAGAAUUAGGACUGAGCACAUGACUGUGUCAUUGCGACAAUCAGAACUGACAGACCUGUAGUCAGAACUGACAGAUCUGUAUCCAGAGGGCAAGAGGUGCUCUGCUGUUAUUUUAUAGUUUGGUUACAAAAUGAAGGCAGUGCAAAAUGAUUUGAACAAUUUAAUUGUGUCAUAUAAAGAACCUAUUGAAAAUCUUGGCUAUUAAGUAGGUAUUGCUUUCUUGUCAUAUUUCACAUGACUUUUACAAUGCAGGGUGUUUAUAAAGUCCUUAUGCAACAUGUGAUAGAAGCAAACUGUACAGUGGCAAAUGAAAACAUAAUUUAUUAAGUUUUAACACAAUAUAGUCAAAUUUCAAGGAUUCAGCACAGCCACCAUCUUUUGUGGUACAUUGUCCAAUCCACUUUUUCAACUCGUUGAAAACAUUUUCUCUGAAAUAACAUGAAGAAGCAUUAACAGUGUUAAACUUCAUGAGUUAAGCUUUCACAUGGCAUUUAGUGUUUGCUUGCGUCAUGUCUACGGCCAAUGUUAUUAACAUUUAAGUAAAAGCAAAUAACUGCAGAUGCUGGAAAUCCAAAACAAAAACAAAAAUACCUGGAAAAACUCAGCAGAUCUGGCAGCAUCUGCGAAGAGGAACACUGUUAACAUUUCGAGUCUGAAUGACCCUUCGACAGAACUUAAUUAUUAACAUUUAACAUUGUACAAGGGCUUUACAAACACCCUUUAGCUCUGUCACAAUGUAGUUGUUGUGCUUUUGAAAGCAAAACUGAGCAUUAGGUGAUGGAAAUUAGUCGUCAGCAGCUGGCAACUCAGAAGCACAGCAAUUAACAGAAUGUAGUCACCCAUAUUUAAAUGUGGUGUACCGACAUUAAAUAUUGAUUUCAACAGAAAAAACAUUCAUGGCUGAAGCAGAUAAUAUGGAGGUUUCGGCUGUGAAUUUAGAUCAAGACCGCUCACAGAUGGAAAAUGCAAGUUCAUUUAGAGUAGUUUGUGUUUUAAGAAUGUAACAGGAAUUCAGACAUUGUCUGUCAUAUUGUCUAUAAAGUAAAUAUCUGUUAAAUUUUAACCUACAUCUGCUGCUACUCCACUAAUACCUCAGAAACAACACUGAUUUUAGUGGAGCAAAGAAUUGUAUAUUGCAAUGCCUGGCCUCAGACUUUAUAUAAAGCUAGUAACUGGGAUUGAAAGGCUAGCUACUAGUAGCAAACACUGUUAAAUGUCUUGUUUUUUUAAAAAAAGAAUUUGGGGGGGGAAAAAAAGCUAAUGUGGGACUUUCAAAUACUUCCAGAGAGAUUUUGUUCUACUCUUUGGUUGCGCCUGGAAGUCUUCAUCGAUGUUUUUGAAGUUUGAUCCCAUUAAUGCAUUUUGUAUUUACACAAAUAAUAAAUAACCAGUGCCAAUUU